AUGUGGCUUAUCAACACGACAACCUACGAAGUCUGCAUGUUCGCCGGCAGCAACGUGCCCCCCUAUGCCAUCCUCUCACACACCUGGGGCCCCGACGAGGUGACCUUCCAAGACAUCCGUAACCUUGCCCUCGCGUCCACAAAGGCCGGCUUCACCAAGAUCCAGGGAUGCUGCGUCCAGGCCCUGCGUCACAACAUCGACUGGGCCUGGAUCGACUCGUGCUGCAUCGACAAGACGUCCUCGGCGGAGCUCUCCGAGGCCAUCAACUCCAUGUACUCCUACUACCUCCUGUCCCGCGUCUGCUUCGUCUACCUCGCCGACGUCCCGCCCCUCACGUCCUCCCUGCCCAUGGGCCAGCUUCCGUCCCUCGCCUCCUCGCGCUGGUUCACCCGCGGCUGGACCCUCCAGGAGCUCAUCGCACCACCACGCUCCAUCUUCUACGCCUCCGACUGGUCUCGCCUCGGCACAAAGGGCCUGCACAGCGCCGAGCGCCCCUUCAUCCAGGCCCUCGCCUCCAUCACCGGCAUCUUCGAGUCCGUCCUCGCAAAGUCCCGCCACCCGCGCGACUACUCCGUUGCCGAGCGCAUGUCCUGGGCCGCCGCCCGCCAAACCACCCGAGACGAGGAUCUCGCCUACUGCCUCAUGGGCCUGUUCGGCGUCAACGUCCCCGUGCUCUACGGCGAGGGGCUGGCCGGCGCGUUCCGCAGGCUACAGCACGAGAUCAUCGCCACCUCGCCCGACGAGACAAUUUUCGCGUGGCGUGCCGACCCGACGCGGGAGGUCGUCGACCCGUACACGGGCGAGCGACGGCGGCGGGCGGUAGGUUCUUCAGGCUUGCUGGCGGAUUCGCCAGCCGACUUUGCGCGUUCGCGGGACGUCCACCAGCGCGCGCUGCACUCGGCGUCCCCGUUCCGGCUGUUCAGCAUGACGAACAUGGGCCUCUCCAUUGUUGCGGACCUGGUCCCGCUGACGGGCGGCAGUGCCCGGGGGAGCCCCGCGCCCCAGGCGGCGCCAGACCCGAGACCGCUGGUCGUCAUGCCCAUCGGCGCGAGUGACCGCCCCACGGAUACCUCUCCACGCACCCGUGUGGGGAUUUACCUCGAGCCGGUCCUCCAGGCUUCGUCCACGGGCCACCGCCAGACGUUUUACCGCCGCGUCAGGUGCGAUGAGUUUUGCUUUGCGCCCAAGGGGGAGUUUCCGAAAGGCGAAGAGCUGGACAUCUACGUCCUCGGAGACAACCAGUUUGCUGAGAUGCAAUUUGCCGAUAGGCCGGGGUCUCCGGGACCGGGCGGCUGGUCGCCAUCGAUCGGGGCGAGGUUGUCGUUGUCGCCUAGUGCGUCGCCGAGACCCUCGCCGCGGGCGUCACCGAGGCUCGGCAUGGAUCUGUGA